CGGCCACAUGGCGGCGCUCUACCUUGAAGCCGUGACGCUUACUGGCGCUGUUGGUGUCCAAUGAUCAGGAGCUCGGGCCCCGGAGGGGGUACUAUUGAGUAGAUUUGAGAGCAGAACCGCGGGGGAGGGGAUAUUAUUAAAGUAUAAAGGGAGCGAAUCCCAAGGCUUGUAGCAGGGAAAAAAAAACUUUUUUUUACAAGGACACGGCAAUGAGAGCAGCGUGUGGCGCUAACUCGUGGAUUCCUUCCUCUUUCUCCUCCUCCUGAAUGAAUGCCUUUCCUUUUCGAUUAAUCACCCGAUUUGUUGUGCCCAUGAGUGGUAGGUAAAAUAUAGCGGGUCCAUCCUUCAGCUACCUUGCAUGAUAACGGCUGAGCGUUGUCCUACCAAAAUGUGAACGAGUUAUCAUUAUUUACACCAUUUCACCUCACUGCUGCACUACUGAAAACAUUUUAAAGCUAUGCUGCUUUUUGGUGCACUAGUACAGAUAAGCUGUUUGACUGAAAGCUAAAUGCAGUGGAUUAAUUUUAACUGAUGGAAAGAAAUUAAUCUUGUUUUGUUGAGAAUGGUGUGGACAGCAGGAGGUUCACCCUUACUUUAUGUGUUAGUCCGUAUUUAUAUAUGAUAAGAACUAUGUACUGUACAUAUUGUACACCAGUGACCCAGUCUAGUAAAAUACUGCGAUCACACCCAUGAAAAGAGUUGGCAGCAAAGGCAAUUCUGCGAUCCAGUCCAUGAAAAAUUGGCAGUAAGGACUACCAGGACCCCACAUCAUCUAAGAAUGCUGGGACUGUCGCUGCAGCACUGUCUGCUGCUGGGACUCGUCACUUGGAACUUGGGCAUUUCGGACGCACAUGGCGAGUAUUGUCACGGCUGGGUUGACGUCCAGGGUAAUUACCAUGAAGGUUUCCAGUGUCCAGAGGAUUUCGAUACUUUAGAUGCCACUAUCUGCUGUGGCUCCUGUGCCCUCCGGUACUGUUGUGCUGCCACAGAUGCCAGGCUGAACCAAGGGGACUGUACCAAUGACAGGGAGCCCGAAAACACGGACAUUGCAGCACAACCAAUCUAUGUUCCAUUUCUCAUUGUUGGCUCAAUUUUUAUCGCUUUCAUUAUUCUUGGUUCUCUGGUGGCCAUUUACUGCUGCUCAUGCUUGAGACCUAAACAAACAACCCAACAGCCAAUGCGGUUCACCCUUCGAAGUUGCCAGAAUGAGACUAUUCCAAUGAUAUUGACUUCAGCAAACCUCAGGGCCCCGUCCAGGCAGUCAAGUACUGCAACCAGCUCAAGCUCUACUGGGGGGUCCAUUCGCAGGUUUUCCUUCGCUAGGCCUGAAGCAGGACAUGGAUGUUUAACCCCAUCACCUCCGCCACCUUAUACAUCACCUAGUUGUCUCCAGUCUGGACAUUCUAUCCACCUGACUCAACCUUCAGGAUUCCUGGUCUCACAGCAAUACUUCCCUUAUCCACUGCAACCUGAACCAUACCUACCUGGAAAAAGUUGUACCGAUUUUAGCCAAGCCUAACAGAACAGAAAAACAUACAUUUGCCAGAGGAUAAAUUAUCACUGACCACCACAACAGCACCGUACAGUAAAAUGGAAAGGCAUAUCAAUUGCAAAUUGUUGGAAGCUUUUUUAAUAAUGGACAAACUGUCUCACCAUAAGCAAUUGCUGAGUCUUCCAACAAUAUGGCUGUACCUGUUUUAUCAUUUGACACAUAACACUGUGAAAAGAACUCUUUGUUUUCAAGUAACUGUUUUGUUAGCACUGGGUGUAUUGACUUCCUAGCACUUCACUAUGCAUUGAAAUGAGUGUUCUCUCUUAGAAACUGUAUGCAAGUGCCAUAGACUGUAGAAAUGUUGUUAUAUGGAGUUAUUCUAUAAAGUCUGCUCUUUUUAUGCAGCAGGAAAAUAGCCCCCUUUUAAAUCCUUUGCUAAUAAAGGUAAAUAUUGCUUACAUUUUGCAAGCAUUCACUUCAGCAAUUGUUAGAAUUUAAUAGAAAUGCAAUUAUACAGCACUGGAACAGUUCAGUACUGAUGAGUCAUUAUAGUUUAAACUCAAACAGCUCAUCUAUAUUUAUGCUCAGAAACAUUGCUACAAUACAUGCAUUUAACUUGACCCCUGUACAUAUUUAAUCCUACUAUGACUGCCUUACUGGUUCAGUUGUUUAAUUCAAAGUAUCACACUGGCAUUGUUGUGCGGAACUUAUAUAGCUACAUAAGUAAAAUUAUUUAACUGUACAUAUUAUAAAACAAUUUACUCAUGGCCAGUUGUUAAACUCUUGUUUUUUUAAAUUGUACACCAUUUACAUAGAUACAGCUACUUCUGUUGUUUGUUUGUUUUUUUUCUGUGUGGAAGACUGGAAAUACUGACCUUAGCAAUGUCAUUGUGUACAAAAGUAAAAGAGAAAUGCGAUAACUUAACGUAUAAUUUCUGUGAACUGAAAAUACUAAUGGUUUACUUAGUCACAAUAAAUAUUCACCUAAUACUGA